AUAAAAGACACAGCCCUUUCUCUUUCUCGCUUUUUCUCUCUCUUUCUUCUCAACAUAUCAAAAAUGGCAAGCAAUAUAAAGAUAGACUCUGGUUAUAUGUGGCUGGGUUUUUACUUUGUUUUAAACCUUUCCUUGACACUUUACAACAAGAUUAUUCUUAACAAUUUCAGAUUUCCUUAUACAUUAACGGCCAUUCACACUUUAUGCGGAACCAUAGGUUGCUAUGUUCUUUAUUUUAUGGGAGUCUUUACACCGGCAAAGCUAGGUGAUCGAGAAAACAUCAUCAUGGUUCUGUUUUCUGUAUUAUACACAAUCAAUAUAGCGAUUAGCAAUGUUUCUCUGAGUCUUGUCUCUGUUCCAUUUCAUCAAAUGGUGCGCGCAAUGACGCCUGUAUUCACGGUGAUGAUUUCUAUUGUCUUUCUUCAAAAAUCUUAUCCUGCCAAGAUUUACCUAUCUUUACUCCCUGUGGUUCUUGGCGUAGCAUUUGCUACAUGUGAUGAAUAUACCUUCACUUAUAUGGGAUUUUUUCUUACUGUGCUAGGUGCGGUACUAGCUUCUGUAAAGACAAUUGUUACCAAUCGAGUUCAAGUGGGACGUCUCAAACUAAAUCCUCUUGAUUUACUGUUUCGCAUGUCGCCACUUGCUUUCAUUCAAUGUAUUUUCUAUGCACACAUCACAGGAGAAUUGGAUAGAUUAGAAACAUUCUCGGCCGAGAACAUGAAUUGGAGUCUAGCUUCUGGAUUGUUGCUCAAUGGCGCUAUUGCUUUUGGCUUGAAUAUCGUCAGUUUUACAGCCAACAAGAAAACAAGCGCGCUCACAAUGACAGUAGCAGGUAACGUUAAACAAGUCUUAUCGAUCGUUUUGUCCGUGAUCAUUUUUGAUUAUGCUAUCAACGCAACCAAUUCUUUUGGCAUUGUCCUAACACUUGUGGGUGGUGCUUGGUAUGGACAUCUUGAAUUGGGAAUGAAAAAAACAAAACAAGUGUUACCUACUACUAACCUUGUGUCUCUAUCUUUGGACAACAAACAUGAAGAAACACUGGUUGAAAAGCCACCUCUUAUCAUUUCAGAAAAGCUCCAGGUUACUGCUUAGAAUAAGAAACAAGAGGGAGCAACUGCAUUAUUAUUAUUAUUAUUAUUAUUAUAUUUUACUAAACUUGCUUUGACCACGUCUUUUUGCAUAAAAAA